GGUAGUUCGCGUCGGAAUAUGCCGCGCUCCGGCGUCCCGAUGAUGAGGUCCUCCCUGAGGAGCCGAGACUCGUCCUCGACGUCGACCGGCGUCGAUCCGCGGGAACGCGUCAAAGACUGCUGUCGCAAGCUGGUAGCCUUUAUGUGCACCCAGGUGGGCGUGGGUGGAUUGGUAGUGGGCUACGCGAUCGUGGGAGCCUUCGGUUUCAUGACGAUCGAGACUAUGGAGGAGCCGGAGGUGGUAUGCGUGCGCGAAGCCAUCCGCAAAGAGUACGCGGACGAGUUGUGGUUCGGCACCGCGAGCAAUCAAUCGGUCAACGUGUUCAACCGCACCGCCUUCUGCGAGGUGUCCAACAAUAUCCUGCUGCGCUACCAGGAGAACAUCACUACCAACGAGCGCAACAAGGUCAACUGCAGCGGCCUCAAGGCCGUCGAUCUGUGGACGUUCCCGGCGGCGUUGAUAUUCUGCCUGUCGGUAUUCACGAUGAUCGGCUACGGCAGCCUGGUGCCGAAGACCCAGUGGGGCAAAGGCGCCACUGUGGUUUACGCGGUCCUCGGCAUUCCGCUCUACGUGCUCUACUUCCUCAACAUGGGCAAGGUGCUCGCGCAGACCUUCCGUUGGCUGUAUACGCGACUGCACGAGUGCACCGGCCAACGGAAACCCGGACAGAGGAUCACCGUACCGUCGACCGCUUGUCUUUGGGUGAUAUUCGGCUACAUUCUCGCCGGUUCGAUCAUGUUCGCCGAAUGGGAGGAUUGGGAUUACCUGGACAGCGCUUACUUUUGCGUCACGUCGCUCUGCAAGAUCGGUUUGGGCGACUUGGUGCCUGGCUGGAAGCAAGGCGACUCCGCACAGAGCAACCAGACAAAGCUCAUCAUUAAUUUCGUUUACCUGCUGCUGGGAAUGGGUCUUAUUGCCAUGUGCUACAAUUUAAUGAAGGAAGACGUAUACGUGAAAGCCCGAGAGCUCAAAGAACAGCUGAACCACGCGAUGGACGCGGCUCACUACAAGAUGGUGACGUGUUGUAGGUCCGAACCUACGGAUUGAGGGAGAGGUGCAUCACAGAAACUGCGAAUAAUGCCGAGAUUAUUUGCGUAGUUAUACGAACAUGGAUUUUACAAUAACAUUACAAGUCAUGAGAAUUGGUAUAAUUUUGCCGAUUUUCUAAUUCAAGAGGAACUUCUGCUAAGGAAAAUAUCGAGAUAAAUUAUAUAAACAUAGAGAAGUGAAACGUUAUCGUAUCGAAAGUGGCAAUCCGUUAGUGUAAACGUUUUCGUAGAUGUUGAUUAUUGGCGAUUGGAUAUCAGCGAUAACGUACAUUCUAGUUUGUAGUUCGUAGUCAGUAGCUGCUUGUUGCCGUGCGACCAAUAUUACAUAUAUCACGAAGAUAAUUUAUAAUUCUACUUUUAGAAACGCUAGAAAAGAAAUCGUCCCCAUCAGCGAGUUAAUAGAGACUACGAAGAUAAACGGCGAAAUUACGAACGAAAGAACUGUAAUAUUCCAUUCUGCUAAUUGUAAAAUCCAUAAUUUCUUGCAUUCAAAAUCUUUGCAUAACGUUAUCGUAAACAAAACAAUGUCGGCACCUUGCGUUUAAUUUAUUGCGGAUUCGCGCGAAGACGACGGGAAUUUAUGGAACUGCCGGUGAAGUGUUUGUCAUGAGGACGGAUGUGGACACGAGUAUUGUACAACGCCAGAUAUAUCGAUCCGAUGGGACAUGUCAACCACGAAAUAAUUGUGCUUCCGAUUACCGAGAGCGUACAGUCGCUGCUACCUAAUUUAUCGAUUAUGAUAAUGUUUGGUCCGGUGAAUUAAUGAGCCUACAAUACGUCGCCGAGAAAGGAUGCGCAAACACAUAGACAAAAAGAUAUUUUACGUGCAUUAUCACAUACAUUCCACAAAAAUUAUUUGUACGAUCGUCCGGAAAUAAAAAUGUUGCUACUCGUCGACGAGUGACAUUUCGUGUCAUGGA